AUGGGCACUCCGCUAGCGUCGAGCGGGGAAUUGCCUCUUGCCGAUGCGAACGGGGGUGGAGUUGCUGGCGCCGCGGCUCUCCCUCCCACCCUCCUCAUGCCCUCGAACAUUGUGUGCAUCUGCCGCACGAACACCUGCUGGAGUAGAGGGAGAAGACGCAUCAUGCUUCAUAUCACGCUCUCCCUCACGCUUCACCCCACGCUCCCCCACACGCUUCACAUCAUGGUCUCCCUCACGCUUCACAUCACGCUCUCCCUCACGCUCUCCCUCUCGCUCUCCCUCACGCUUCACAUCACGCUCUCCCUCACGCUCUCCCUCACGCUCAGCCUCACGCUCUCCCUCCCGCCUGCCCUCACGCCUGCCUUCACGCCUGCCCUCAAGCCCUCCCUCACGCCUGCCCUCACGCUCUCCAUCACGCUCAUCCCCACGCUUAUGCCCUUUCUCUGGCAGUUGCUCCUUGUCAUCUACAUCUUGCACGAUUCCUGUUGCACCAGCCGCGUCUUGUCUUUCUUUCUUAUUUUUAUUGGCUCCAGCGAGGGUACCUACAACACGCAUGAACCGUCUCUCCCACUCCCUACUCAUCCGCCCCACGUCUGUCCAUGCAUAGCCUACUCUCCUACCCCCUUACCCAUCCGCGCAUCCCACGCCUGUCCAUGCACCGCCGUCCCUCCCACUCCCUUAUCCAUGCGCGCAUCGCGCGCCUGUCCAUGCUCCACUGUCCCUCCCACUCCCCAUUCCCAUUCGCGCAUCCCACGCGUGUCCAUGCAUAGCCGUCUUUCCCACUCCCUACUCAUCCGCGCAUCCCAUGCCUGUCCAUGCAUAGCCUACUCUCCUACCACCUUACCCAUCCGCGCAUCCCACGCCUGUCCAUGCACCGCCGUCCCUCCCACUCCCUUACCCAUGCGCGCAUCGCGCGCCUGUCCAUGCUCCACUGUCCCUCCCACUCCCCAUUCCCAUUCGCGCAUCCCACGCCUGUCCAUGCAUAGCCGUCUUUCCCACUCCCUACUCAUCCGCGCAUCCCACGCCUGUCCAUGCAUAGCCUACUCUCCUACCUCCUUACCCAUCCGCGCAUUUCACACCUGUCCAUGCACCGCCGUCCCUCCCACUCCCUUACCCAUCCGCGCAUUUUACGCCUGUCCAUGCACCGCCGUCCCUCCCACUCCCUUACCCAUCCGCGCAUCGCGCGCCUGUCCAUGCUCCACCGUCCGUCCCACUCCCUAUUCCCAUUCGCGCAUCCCACGCCUGUCCAUGCACAACCGGCGCUUCAUGACGUUUGUCAUCAAACAUCUGCGCAUUGGGACGUACAUGUAG